UCAGGCCUCUCUUAGAAUAAUUAACGAUGGACGGCGAAAAUUAUGUCGGUAAAUUAAAUGAUUAUGCACAAAAAACACGCUCGGUGCUUUACUACAAGGAACUUGGCUCUGACGGCUCCGAUCACAGUAAAACAUUCACCCUGAGGGCAGUGAUUAAUGGUCGUGUUUAUCCCAAUGGGGUGGGGAAGAACAAAAAAGAAGCCAAGCAAAAUGCAGCUAAACAGGCUCUGAUCGGCUUGGAGCUGCAGGAUCCAGGCUACUCCACUGCAGAUGAGAAUGAGAGCAGUACAUCAGGUCAACCAAACGGGCAACUGAAUGACAGUCUUUCCAGCUUCAAUGAUAAAAUGAAUCACCUGGGCUACGACGCUCUUCAGGUACAGUCCAACUUUAACAGCCAGGAUGGGAUGAUUCCAUAUUUAAAAGUAAACGGGAAUAUCAAAAAAACACCCAGUGAGAAUUCAUCUACCCACCUGGCAACCGCAAGUUUCACAGCAGACUUUGACUCCGUUGAGCGCCUUGGCAGAGGAGGCUUCGGUCAUGUGUACAAAGCAAGACGAAAACUUGAGAAGAGGUUUUAUGCUGUAAAGAUCAUCCGCUUUAAAGAAAAAGCUCAACGAGAGGUGGAGGCGCUGGCUAAGUUCCAGCAUCCUAACAUUGUGCGAUACCACACAGCUUGGACCGAGCCUUCAGAGUACAAAAGUGACUCUUCUUCAUCUGACAGCGACAGCACUUCCCAGUCCAGCAGCAGUUCAUCUGCACAGUACCUGUACAUUCAGAUGGAGUUAUGUGACAAGAAAACACUUAGAGAGUGGAUAGAUGAGAAGAACGGCCAACAGCGAGAUCACAAGAGAAGGGAAGAAGGUCUGACUAUCAUGAAGCAGAUAGUUAAUGGAGUUGUAUAUAUCCACUCCGAGAAUCUGCUCCACCGAGACCUUAAGCCUGCCAACAUCAUGUUUGGAAAUGAAGGAGAGGUGAAGAUUGGGGACUUUGGUCUGGUUACCGAGGACAAUAAGAGUGACGAGAACCUGAUAGAGCGGACAAAGAGUACAGGAUCCAAGUCUUACAUGGCUCCUGAACAAAGGAGCCACAGCACCUAUGACAGAAAAGUGGACAUAUUUGCUUUGGGGCUGAUAUAUUUUGAAGUCCUUUGCAACAUCUUUACACAUUCGGAAAGAUCAGAGAUUUGGGAGGAUAUCCGAGGUCAGAAACCUCCCACAGGCUUUGCACUGAAGUUUCCCCAAGAGCACAAAUUAAUCACGUCCAUGCUGUGCGCGAUGCCAGAAGACCGACCAGAGGCAAGCGAAGUAAAGACAGAGCUGGAAACAAUUUCUCUCACACCAGUCGGGGCUCAGAAGAAGAAAUUGUGCUGGAUCAUCUGAUUGUGUUGACUGACCUGGACAUGCAGUUUAGGCCCUGUGCUGCAUGUCACCCCCCCCUCUUUUUCACAUUUCUCAACUUUCACUAUCAAAUUAGACACAAAUGCUGAAAAACCAAAAAAAUUUAAACAAUAUUUAUAUCAAUUUACAGCAAUGGUGAUUUAGGGUGUAAGGGUUAAGGUGUAAGGGUUGACUAGCUAAAGAUAAUAUAUAUGUAGUUGUGUUUCAGAUACAUUUUGAAUUUCAGAAGGGUCUGAAUACUGUGGAGCUUUUCAUAGCAGAUGU